CGUAGCGAUCGGUUCCGGGGCGGGCGGGAGCGGAUCCGGGCGGGCGAUGGGGCGGGUGUGAGGGGCGUGGGGGCCGCCAUGAGGUACAACGAGAGGGAGCUGCUGUCCCUGGCCCGGCAGCCCGCUGAGAAGGCGGCCGAGAUCUUGAUGCGGGUGCCCAAGAAAGGGAGCGUGUUAAAGAAACGCCUCGUGAAGCUGGUUGUAAACUUUCUCUUCUACUUCCGGACGGACGAAGCGGAGCCCAUUGGAGCUCUGCUGCUGGAGCACUGCAGGAUCACCAAAGAGGAGGAGAACGUCUUCUCAAUCAGUUUCAUUGAGGAGCCCGAGAGGAAAUACUGCUUCGAAUGUGACAGUGAGGAGCAGUGUCAGGAGUGGAUUGAGGCACUCAAGAGAGCCAGCUACGAGUUCAUGAGGAGGAGCUUGAUCUUCUACAGGAAUGAAAUCCAGAAAAUGACAGGGAAGGACCCCCUGGAGCAGUAUGGGAUCUCGGAGGAAGCCCGCUUCCAGCUGGGAACACGCAGGCAGUAAUCCCCUCUCUGGAGCUGCCCCGGUGCCUGGCCCCAGGCUCCCCUCCCCGGGGACAGCAGCAGCAGUGACCAAGGACUUUUUAAUUUAUUAGCCACAUCAUUUUGUAUGAUUUUUUUAACACGGAAUUCUUUGCACAUUCCCCCUUGCCCCAGCUCUGGAGGCAGCCAGGCUUAACUGCUGCACUGGUGGCAUGAGAGCAGAGGAGGCAGGGACUGAACAGAGCUGCAGCACCCGCUGUUCUCUGCUGCUGGGGCAGGCCCUGAGCCAGCUCCAGCCCUCCUCUUCCUCCCCUCCUGCAGGGAGCUACUCAGCUUUUCUGGCUCGGGAUCUUCCUGCAAUCUGCAGGGGUUGUUCAGCCCCUCCUGGCAGAGGAUGCUCCACUUGAUGGCAUUUCUGUGCUUGCAGGGUUAACCCUGUCCCAUCCACUCCUGCUCAUUUCAAAGCCAUUCCAUGCUCACCAAGCCUGAUGGUGCGGAGGAGCUGGAAGCCUUCCACUAACAACAGGAGAGCUCAGCUGCAGGUGACAGGGGGUGACAUCCCCUGUGACAAGGCAGCCACUAGCACCGGCCUCUGGAGUGGUUUCCUUCUUUCUCCCUCCUCUGGGCAGGUUGUUUCCGUUCCUAGAGGCUGGAGGAGCCCACGCUGCAGCCCACUCAGAGCACUCCACAAAUGCAUGUGAAAGCAAAGCUGAAAGCACAGGGAGCAGAAAGCAGAGUGAGACCCAUGGAGAGGGCCAGGAAGGAAGCCAGGUGGAGGUUUGGAAAGAUGGGAACUGCUCCACUUUGGCUGGAGGUUGUGGCUUCAGGCCCUGCAGAAGUUAAUCCUGGGGAGCAUGUGGGAGCUGGGCAGUAACCCUUCAUCCCCUGAGUUCCUGCAGCGUUCCUCCCCUUUGUAAGCAUCCGAAGAGAAAGACUGGGACACUGGAAGACCAGGACACUGUGCCACAGUCAUGGUGAGCUGCCAGGGAACAGGCGCUGCCAUCUCUGGGGCUUCUGCAGUGAGGGGGUGCCAAGGAACAUCCCUCCUCGAG